AUGCACCGGCCCGAUCGCCUCGUUAUCCAUCGAUCUGCCACUUCCAGCAGUUACCCAAGGCGGAAUGCGGCUUCACGGAAGCAUCCGUGGCUCAGUGGGCCAUCGCGGCCGGAACAACAACAACAACGAGAAUCGCUGCAGCAGAAGCAAAAUAAAGAGUUGGGGGACUUACAGUAUGCCACGCCAAGCAACGUCACGCCAUCGACGGCGUUGCUUUCGUUGUGUCAAUUUAAAGACGAUGAGACGACGGCGGCAAGCAGUGGACACAACGACAACACCACCCCUGGGACACUUCAGACCUCCUCCUCGCUCCUCUCGCAGGGGCAACAGCCCGUUGGGGUGGUUAAAGGUUAUGCAUUGUCCAUGCUAGAAGGGCCGCUGCCGGCGGAGGUGCGUGAGAUUAUCUAUAGUCAAUGCAGCGGAGAGCGUGCAGAGGUGGCGGAGCGACAUGCCAGGCGACUGUUGAGCACAAAUCGCCGUGUGCGUGUGUAUCGUGAGGAGCUACGGAGCGCUGUGGAAGAGGUGGGAGACGUGGCCCAGCUGAUGCAGCGGCAUCAGACUGUACAGGAUGCGUUGCGAGCGGAAUUGUUCGAGUUGGACGCUCAAAUAGCGCGACUUGUUCGUGAACGGCAGCUGUGUGAGCUGCAGUUGAGUCAGGAGGAAGAGGCGCGUCAACGGAAGGAGGUGAAGCUCCGCGAUGCGAACGAGCGGGUGAAUGCUCUUCGCUCUACCAUUGACGCCAUCGCGAAGGAGUCUUUGUCUGGUUACGUCUUACUGCGCCAGUUAGUGCCGAAUCUCAACGUGGAAAACUAUGUCAAUUAG